AUGAAAGGAAUGCACCCUUCUCCUCGGGACAGCCACAGCUCCAUGGCCGUUGGGUCUAAGCUCUAUGUGUUUGGUGGUACCAAUGGAACCAGCACACUUGACGAUCUCUUUGUUUUGGAUAAUGCUACCAACACCUGGGGGAAACCCGACGUUUUUGGUGAUGUUCCUGCUCCAAGAGAAGGACAUAGCGCGUCUCUCAUCGGUGACAACCUGUUCGUGUUUGGGGGAUGUGGGAAAUCCAGCGAUCCCUCAGAGGAGGAGUACUACAACGACCUCCAUGUUUUGAACAUGAGUAAUAUCCUUGGUAAUCCAGAAACAAUGGCAUGGCGGGAGGUAAAGACGACUGGUGCGGAGCUGAUGCCAGGAACUGGGCACACAACAAUCAGCCAUGGAAAGUAUCUCGCUUGUAGGUAG